UCCGCAUUUUCAAAAGCUGGUCGGCCGAAGGGAGGGACAGAGCGAGAGAGAUGGCUCCGCCGAUGGAGCGUCUUCCGCUGAAGCGGCGCGCGAUUUCCGACCAGCAGAGGAGGCGAGACAUCGCGCUCCUCCGCCAGGCGCAGGCCCGAAGGGACGCCCAGAAUCAGGCCCGCUGCCUCGCCUCUGCCAUCCUCUCCGAUCCUCCAGCCGACAUCGAGCGCGAGCCGUUGGAGCCCGAGUGUGAGCUCGCGGGCGAUGCAGAGGCGGAGGCGGAGGCGAAGGCUCCGGCAGAAGCCGGGGACGCUGAGGACGCGUCUUCGGAGAUGGACGUGCUCCAGGCAUCGAAGCUCCGGGGACCAAAGGCGCGGCGGUGGUUCUCUCGGCAGCUUAUGCUUCCUGAGUGGAUGAUUGACGUCCCUCCCCGACUUAGCGUCGAUUGGUAUGUCUUCCCAAGGCCUGCUGGAAAGAGGUGCUUCGUGGUGUCAUCAAAUGGCACUACUAUUAGCAGACUAAGGAAUGGCACUGUCUUACACCGCUUCCCCUCUGCUUUGCCUAAUGGUGCAAGGACAAAGGAGGUCAUGGGUCCUGCAAGCAUGUUUUCCAUCCUUGAUUGUGUAUUUCAUGAGCACGAUCAAACUUACUAUGUGAUUGACAUGAUUUGCUGGCGAGGGUAUUCAUUGUAUGAUUGUACUGCAGAGUUCAGAUUUUUUUGGUUGAAUUCUAAGCUGGCUGAAACCGGUGCUUGUAAUCCUCCAUCAUUUUAUCACAAAUAUCGCUUCAGUGUUGUCCCUGUCUAUGAUUGUGAUCAAGCAGGAAUCCUUGCAGCAUACACAGGUCAUCUUCCUUUCAUCAGAGAUGGCUUGUUGUUUUACAACAGGCAUGCUCAUUAUCAAACUGGAAAUACCCCUCUAUCGUUAGUAUGGAAGGAUCAAGUUUGCAGUCAGUAUUUUAUAGACACAGAUAGCAAAGGAGUAGUCCCAACUCUGCAACAGGUGGUGCUGGAAUUGCUGGAAGAUGGAAGUGUAGCUACCUCUGAUGACUCUCCAGUUGUUUUAGGCAAACUUGAUCUGGAAACAAUACAAAAGAACAACCUCCACCAUGGUAAUCUUAUUCGCUUUGCUGUUGGUGAUGGAGGCCUUGAUGUUAUUGAUGGAGACAUUAAGAAGGCAGACAUUCAUUUUGUUGGGAAAGCAAACCGCGUGCGGGCUUUUGCUGAUACUUGCUCAAAGAUUUUAUUUCAGUACAUGGCACGCCGGUCUCCUUUGAGAAUUGAUGAUUUGGUAGCAUCAACAACUCUUCUUCACGAUAAUGAUCAGAGCUUAGCAGACGUGGAGAUGGUCUCAUCAUGAUGGAGAAAAAGGUGAUAUUUCAUGUGCUCAUUUUGUGAUAGUGUUACUAUGGCAGCAUAAAACGUUGUGGCUGCUUGUUGUUUAUGGAAAGGUUCUUUGUCUCUGCAAUAUGCUAUGUACAGCUAUGUCCUUCUAGCAGCUUAGUCUUGUGCCACAUAGAGAGAAUGAAAAGUGAUUGUGCCACCCAUUGAUGUCCUGUCACAAAGAGAGCCAGCUGUGGCAUCAUGAUGUCUGUUAAAUCAGUAAAAGGUUACUGCAGCUCAAGUUUCUCCACAUUCAGCGUCAUCUAUUUUCAAGCCGGUAUUCUUCAUAUCUAUGGAGCCAGUAGUCACAUUUACUGACAAUGAAGUCGUUGCUUAUCAAAUAACUAUGACGCUGUUCCAUGUACUUGAGGAUCCGUUUCUGUAAAUAGCAAAGUAUGCGCUUAUGAGGCAAACAAUUAUAAUAGGGGCAUGUAGCAAACAUAGUGGAAUCUCUUUUUUUCUUUUUUAA